UAACUCUGAUUGUCAUGAUUAUUCUGGGUCACGUGACAUCAACUUUUAUCCGAUGAAACAAAACUUGUCAUAUUUUUCCCAUCUAUACCUUACAGAGUCUGUGCAGUCAGCAUGAUAAAGGCAAUACUAGUUUUCAACAAUCAUGGAAAGCCACGGAUGUCAAAGUUUUACCAAUAUUAUCCAGAAGAUAUGCAGCAACAAAUCAUAAGGGAGACAUUUCAUUUAGUAUCAAAGCGGGAUGACAAUGUGUGCAAUUUCUUAGAAGGCGGCAGUUUAAUUGGAGGCUCAGACUACAAGCUAAUAUAUCGGCAUUACGCAACAUUAUAUUUUGUGUUCUGUGUUGACUCCUCCGAAAGUGAAUUGGGAAUUUUAGAUUUGAUCCAGGUUUUUGUUGAGACAUUGGAUAAGUGCUUCGAGAAUGUGUGUGAACUAGAUCUCAUCUUCCAUGUUGAUAAGGUGCACUACAUCUUAGCAGAGCUAUGUAUGGGAGGUAUGGUGUUGGAGACAAACAUGUCUGAAAUAAUGACCCGUGUAGAGGAGCAAAAUAAAUUAGAAAAAUCAGAGGCUGGCAUUUCAGCAGCUCCAGCACGUGCAGUAUCAGCCGUUAAAGAAAUGAACAUUCCACAGAAAUUUAAAGACAUGAAACUACCAGACUUACCUAACUUAAAGUUCUAGCACUUUAUUUAUUGUUAUCAAAAUAUUCAUCAAAAUACAUACUCAGUCAUCAAACAGUCAACACGUGUGAAAUAGAAUUGAGGCCAUUUUGAAUGUUGCAUUUGUGAUGUCAUAAUCUGUUGUCUGGGUAUUGGGCUUAACACAGGCUAUGCUGCACGUACAUCAAUGGUCACAGUGUUGUAUUGUAUCAAGUAUCUGCUCCUCAUUGUGUGUCGCAAUGUAUGUAGUGGAGGUGGGGUAGAUGCACAAGAGACCAAUUGCUUGAUAUAAGGCCAACUACAGUGCUAUAAGACCACUUAUUUAAUGAUUAGAGUCAAAAAAUAUUGUGCCUCAGUAAGGUUGAAAUUCAUCCUUUUGGGGCACAAUGAUUGAAUGAUACUGCCAUUCACGGUGUUUUCAAUAGUUUUUCAUCAUAAAAUGAUGAGUACAUGUUAAAAUGUAUAGUGUAGGAUACGGAUGACGUUAGAGCAUGAUACACAUAAGGAUCUACAGUAGUUAUAUCACAUUGCAUCAUUUUAUCUGUUACUGAGGGUCUUGUGGCAGGGAGCCAGGCAUCAUUUACAGUUUCAAAAAUACUGCAGCAUUGAUCGCACUACCAUCUUUAAAUCAUGGUCCAUGUUAAUUCAAACCAUGAAGGUAUGGUUAAAAAGGACAAUGGGGUCAGUGGUCCUGGAAAUCAAAGAGGGAGGGGGGGAGGAAAACAUUUUUGGCCCCAAUUUUGUAAUUGAAAAUAAUACCCCCAAAAAUGUCAGUUUGUCAUUGUACUUUCACAGUUUUUGUGGGGAGAAGAA